AUGGUUCACGCCCCCGCCUCAGGCCGCCCCGCCCCUGCCCGACUCCGCGCCCCGCGCCCCGCUUCGUCCACAUCGCCCGUCACCCGCCUCCCGGUCGAGAUCCUCGCCCUCGUCUUCCACCAGCUCUGGGCCGCCCACACCGCCCUCCGCCCCCGCCUCGACAUCGAGACAUGGCCUUGGCAGACCUCCCUCUGCCUCGCCAUCAUCGCCGUCUCGCACGUCUCCCGCCAAUGGCGUCAGAUCGCCCUCGCCCUCCCCGUCCUCUGGUCCCGCGCCGAUGACCAGAACGGCCACCACAUCCGCCUCUUCCUCAACCGCUCCCGCACCGCGCCUCUCGACCUUGCCGUUUGUUUGUCAAUCACCCAUCCCGGCAUCUCCCAUUCGGACCUCGACGCCCUCCUCGUCGCCGCAAGUCCUCGCUUGCGCCGGUUUGAUGUCCGGCUCGAGGCCGUCCAUCUCCCCCGCCUCGACUUUGCCGGCCCCACCCUCGAGGCCCUCACCAUUCAAUGCGAAAAAAGCUCGAGCGUCGAGCUCGCGCCCCACCCCGUUCUUUUCCGCGGUCAAACCACCUCCCUUCGCGCCCUCGCCCUCCUCCACGUACGCCAUUGGCUGCCCGGUAACCACUUCCCCAACCUCGUCCACCUCAACAUAUCCUACUUUUUCCAGGAGGAGCUUUCCCUCGCCUCCCUCACCCUCCUCCUCCGCAAUUGCCCUCGGCUCGAGACGCUCCAUUAUGGCCAGAUCUGGAGCUACCUGGUGCGCGAGCUUGUCCUCGAUCCCCCCGUCACGCCUGUCGCGCUCCCCCACCUCCGCAGCCUGACGACCUGCUGCGCUACCAUGCAAACCGCCGCCGCGCUGCUCUCAUGCAUCACAUUCGAUCCCAUUCCCAUGCACCCGGUGCGCGUACGUAUUCACGACGCCGUCGUGCAGGCCCACACCGACGUUGGAGACAAUCAUCUCCCGUCUCUACGCUUCUUGGGUCCCAUCGCCCGCCUCGAGCUCGCCGCAGACCCAUCCCGUGCCUACGUCUUGGUCGAGUCCCACGGCCAAACUCCGAACUCCGCUGCGGCAGGUGAAAAUUCCCCAUCCGCACUAUGGAUUCAAGCCGAAUUCCAGGCGAAACGCACCACAGCGUGGCUCCUUGCGCUCUUCGACGUUCUCGACCUUUCCGCGCUCGACGUCCUACACGUCUCCAGCGCGGACUGGUCCUUCCUCCCCGCCCUGCUCCGUCGCGCCCCCGAGCUGAACACGCUCGGUGUGAUGGCCCUCCCCGACGCCGAACCGACGCACGCGGCUAUGUUCAUCACGCUCACGGACACGCUCCUCGCAUCGCACGACGCGUACCUUCCUUCGCUCAGCACACUGAGCGUUCAGGCCCCGCCAUCCCCCACACACGCCGCUUCGCUCGCCCGGCUCGCCGCGCGCCGCGCGGACAUGGGCUUCCGGCUCACGCGGCUCGUCUUCGACGGUGUGCCCGUGCCCGUGUCGACGCACCCCGCUCCGCCAUCCCCGCUCGACGCGCGCCGGUGGGCGGCCGUGCGUACCACGCUCCAAGGUACUCUGCAACACGUCGGCGUGCUCGCGGUCGGGCAGGGCGGGGCGUGCGCCUGGGCGCAUCCUCACGGCUGGGACGCCGAGAAUCCGUACUGGCGAUUGCCGGAGGGCGACGAGCCACGGUGCUCGUUCCCGUGGCGCUGA